AUGCCCGGAAACACCACGAAUCCACUCAGCUCAAAGGUCACUCCUGUAACUGUGGAUGAAAUUCCAGGCCUCAACACUCUAGGGAUAUCCUUGGCUCGCGUCGACUUUGCUCCAUAUGGCCUAAAUCCUCCUUACACCCACUCUCGUGGCACUGAGAUUCUAGUUGUCGUAGAGGGAACUUUGCAUGGUGGCUUUGUCACAUCCAACACAGAUGGUAACUGCCUCUUCACCAGUUUUGAACAAGGGAGACGUCUUUGUCUUCCCAAUUGGUUUCAUCCACUUCCAGUUAAGCGUG